AUGAAGGGGGUCCCUCUGGAAGCAGACAAGAUCACUGUGCUGGCUGGCUGCGGCAGUGUCUUGGACUUGCUCUUCUUCUGCAUCGCUUCAGAGGGUGAUGCAGUCGGCAUCCCUGCACCCUAUUACCCUGCCUUUGACAACGAUCUGAAGGCAAGCAGGCAUCCGCUCAAAUCUGUUCGGUGUGGGCUUCAUUCCCUGGCGCUGUAUCUUGAUAGCAGCAAGCCAGUAUCUUCACAGCUGGAUGCGAUGUGGGAUGAGCAGAACUUCAGAGUUUUGAUUGUCACAAACCCCAACAACCCCACUGGAGAGGUCAUCCCCAAAAAUACGUUACUAGAAUACCUCAAAUGGUGCUGCAAGAAGGGGAUACACCUGGUCAGCGAUGAGAUCUAUGCGAACUCUGUCUUCAAGAGGAAGGAAGACUUGGUCAGCAUGGCGUCCAUACUGGAGGAGUGUGAACCAGAGCUGAAGGCCUCUGCUCGAGCACUGUGCCACGUCGUGUUUGGGCUCAGCAAAGACUGGGGCAUUUCAGGCAUGCGUGUGGGCUGCCUGUACACCCACAAUACUGAGCUCACAGGGGCCCUUGACAACCUGGGCUACUUUGCCAUGCCUUCCACACUUGUGCAGGAGGCAGCGCACCAGAUGCUGCAGGACCAUGACUUUGUCAAUCACUACAUUGCUGAAAAUCUACGGCGCCUGGAAGCCUCCUAUGAUGCCCUGACAGCUGCUCUUGAGAAGGCAGGCAUCCCCUACACUCCAGCGCAAGGGGCCAUUUUCUUGUGGGUGGACAUGCGUGCUCACCUUUCUGAGCCUACGUGGCAGGCUGAGCGGCAGUUUUGGCAAGACAUUGUGGAUCUGGGCGUCUUGCUCACGCCAGGGAAGGACUGCCAUGGCCGGGAGCCUGGCUUCUUCAGGAUCUGCUACGCCUCUACUCCAGUUGAGGGACUGCUUGAAGGUGUCCGGAGGAUUGAGUCGCACAUCCAGCAGAAAUGA